CCUCUCUUCUGGGUACCCGCCAAUUACCUCUGGAAUGUCUGACAGCAAAGUACUGGGGGUCUUGAUUCUCGCGAGGCAUGGAGAUCGACAAGGUUUCUACCAGAGUCCUACGAGCUACACGCCCACGGCAACCAAGAUCACUCCUCUAGGAAAUCGAGAAGAGUUUUUGCUAGGACAGUACCUCCGGGCGCGCUACUUGAACGCUUCUUCACCAACGUUCAUCUCUAACGUGAAUGCCUCCAUCGUUGAUCCGAAUCAAGUCCUCGUUCGCGCUGAUGCUGGUGGCGAAGGAGGUGUUAUUUUGCAAUCGGCCAUGUCUCUCACGCAAGGACUCUUCCCAGCCGACGCCGAUUAUAACACCACGUUGGCGAAUGGCACGACCGUUCAAGGCCCUCUCGAUGGUUAUCAAUAUGUCUCCAUCGAAUCCGUCGAGCCCAACAACGAUAUCUCUCUGGAAGGUUGGACCAGCUGCAGUGCUUUUGAUAAAUCAACGCAAGAGUUUUACCAGUCUCCCGAGUUCAAGCAAAAGGCGACUGAAAGCCAAUCGUUCUUGAGCCAACUGGCUCGUUUUCUUGAUGGAAGGCCCGUCACGCUGGAUAACAUGUGGAAUAUCUUCGAUUUCAUGAACGUUCGAAACAUCCAUGACCAGGAAUUCCACAACAAUCUUCCUCCUACCUUCCUGCAGCAGGCGAGGCAUCUCGCAAACUACCAUGAAUAUGGCGUGUUUUCUGAUAAGGAGCUCAACGGCAUUGGAAACAUUGCCUUCCGCACGACGAUUCCCUCAGUCGUCAAGAACCUAAACAGCAUUGCAAACGACACGGAUCCGUUGAAAUUUGUCUAUUACGCUACGGCAUACAAGCCAUUCCUAUCUCUGUUCAACAUGACGGGCGUGGCACAGAUGAAUCCAGACCUCGCGGGCAUUGUUAAUUACGCUGGCACUGUUGCUCUAGAGGUUCGGCAGCUUGCCGAUAGUUCCAAAGUGGUUCGGUUCAACUUUAAGAACGGAACUGAGGAUACGUACAAGAGGUAUCCGUUCAUGGGUAGCAGCUCAGGGGAAGUUCCACUUGAACAGUUCAUUCAGCAUCUUCAGCCCGCUGCCAUCAACAGUACAGCAGAUUGGUGUACAGUCUGUGGCAACGACAAGGACAGAGGAUGUGGCGCUUUGGCUCUGGCAGCAUCUCAGGCUCAAGAAUCUAUCCACCAGAAGAUCAGCCCAGUCGGGGCUGGAGUCCUUGGGGCCGGCUUGACACUGUUUGUCGCGAUUGUUAUGUUGUUAGUGUUAUCUUUCCUGGGAUUGGUCGCUUUUGGAAAGAAGGGCAAGCGUCGAAGUAUCGGAAGUGUUACCUCUUAUGAAAAAGCCUGAAUAAUUGGGUCUACCAUAAGAUUGUAGUUAUGCAAGUGUUGAUGUACUUUUAUGCUAAUGCUGUUUGUAACUUCUGCCGCGAGCUUCCAGGCAAUAUAUGUCUAUUGCCAGAGCCAGAGAUGCCUUCAGGGUCA